GCGGGGGCGGAGGCGAGUGGAAGGUUGGUUGAAAUGCUGAGUUGGGUGAAAUGGAUCGAAGAUGAUUGAAGAUCCACUGUAUACAGUCUGUAUACAGUCUGUAUGAUGUGUCAUGAGUUCCAGGCUUCAUCACCCAGGCUUCAGGCUCGUUUCAACGAUCUAGGGCGUGAGGAUCCUUCUGAUCCUCACGUAGUUUUGCCUUCAAAAUCAUCAGCUCAGUGGCUGAGAGGUGGGGAUCAAAGCCGCAUGGAGCUUGAUGGUGUUCAUUUCUGUCUUUUUGCAUUGAAACAACUGCUCCAUCGCUAUGAGGACUCAAGUACCCGCCUUUGCAGAAAAGGACCGGAGUGGCCUCAGUUGGAGUGGCUUGACGGUGUUCAUUUCUUGAGCCAGCUUGAUGGUCGCCGCCUCAGGGUCAUCCCUGAACUUGAUAGGUCCUUCCGCUAGAGUGACGGCUCGAGUUGCUCACUCCGCGACGGGGUCGCGCCACGACACCCCCUGCAGCCUUUGAAGCUCAAGGAACCUCCCUGACGUCCCGCGACCGCCACGACUCUCAAAGUGCCCUUCGUCACGCCAUGUCCCGGCGACCUCGAGCGCCCGCGCUGCUUCUGCUCGCUGUGAUUGGCCUGGGCAGGUUGAGUUGGUCGUCCAACUCACCCUUCUGUGCGCCGAAGGCGGGUGUGGAUGUCACACCACGUGGGGUGCUGACCGGUCUGCAGGUGACCAAAGUGCAGACGUCCGUGCCUGCAAUCCACCAUGAGCAUGUACAAGCUCCAAAGACCCCGGUGGCUCAAAUCAUCCUGUUGGAUGGUGUGCUUCUUCUCACGGCUUUCGUGGUGAAUCUCAAGUGUGCGAACCGACUGCGCGGAGUGCUUAGCCCAGAAGUCUUCUGGGGCCGACUCUUUGUGUGGAUAUGAAGUGAAGCGGCUGUGGGCUAAAACGCCCUUGUACAAACUCCAAUGCAGAUUGUAUUGUGGAUAUCGUUGAUAAGAUCACGCCUGCAACCAACCGGUGAAAGCAGGAAAUGUGCAUGUGCCAGCUUGGUCACAGUGCCCACCCACUGGCGCUGCGCAGUGCUGCUGCAGGUGCUGAUAACAGACCCAUAUAGAGAUGAACUGCUCGCUUUUCCUCGCAAGUCAGGCAUUCACCCCAAGCGCAAUCCACAACC